CGUUCGAUAUGGAGGAUGCUGAAGAGGCUCCAGCUGUUCUGCCUUCCUGCCCAUUCGGCCCCAGCAUGCCUGCAGACAGCCUAGCCGCGGGCAAUGGGGAAAGCGGCCGGCUGGCCAGCCUCAUGCCACCCACCCAUCAAUCCCGCAUCAGCCUCAGCUCGAGCCCCAGCCCAGCCCAGAGCCCUGUGCUGAAGACCAGGAUUAGCACCAGCUUCUCCUUCAACAGAGGCACCAUCCAGCUGGCCAGGGCCAACGGCGCCGUGAGCUCCAGCCUGACCCGCGUCGCCUCUUUCCAAGCCAGGCUUGAUCCCAAUGGCUUCUCCUCCUCCUUAGGCCUGGGCAGCGAGAGCCUCCACAGCUCCUCCUCCAGCUUGGAGUGCCCACCACCCCCCAGCACACCCCAGAGUGCUGCCAGGCAGCCAGAGCCUCGGGGGCUCAAGGCCGCCCCGGUUGCCAGCCCGGCACUGAAGAAAUUCUCUUCCCACAGUAAUGUCUUCCAUUCCGAGGUGGAACAGCCCAUCCAGCUGGUGUCCAAGGUCGGAGUGAACCAUGGCUCACUGCCCUCUCUGGACCUGCACAUUGCCGAAGAUCAGGGCUCCCCCAUCCCACUCGCCCCUGCCCUGGCUUUUCACUCUGCUGGAGCCUGGAGCAGCGGCAGCCAGAACUGCACCUUGCUCCGAGGGAAGAGCAGCACACCCAUCAGCAGGGAGCCUUCCUUCUCCUCCUCUUCCUCCUCUUCCUCUUCCUCCCCACUCUCCGAUGCAGCCCAGCGGCCCAGUCUGAGCCCCCCUCCUCCACCCUUCAGGCAGCCGACAAAGCUGCAGAAAUUCCCCAUCAGCCUGGAUGGUUUGGUGGGGAAGCCUCUGGGUGGCUCGGAUCCAGUGCCGAGUGCUGACUCUGCGUCCAGACCGCUGCCAAGGACGCAGCUCCAGCUCAGCCUCAGCACCAGCCCCAGCCUGUCCCGGCAGCCCCCGGGUAGGGCCAAGGAGGGUGCAGCCGCAGCCGCUGUGAGUGGUGUCUCCGCAGCGCCGUCUCCGGGGAAGUGCCCAGGUGCCCAGGUCAAUGAGAGCCCUUGGCCACCAUCUCUAUCUCCUGCUCAAGCUGCUCCCUUCAGGCUCAUGUCUCGGCCUCAGAUAAUGCAAGUGACUUCGCAACCCUCCUUCCUUGGGGGCCCAGCAGCAUGUUCAAGGGAACAUGUCCGAUCCAUGGCUGAAAGAGUCAACUCCUUCUCCAGCUCUGAGGUCUCAAGCCUUGGGGCUCCUGCUCCCAGUUCCUACCCAAGGGAAGUCCCCUACGUGGGCCCGACAGGUUCUCCAAUGGUCUCUUCUGUGAGCGAGGAGAUGCAGGGCCGAGAGAAGACAAAGGAAGGGCAGAGCGGCCUGGGGAAGUCGACAAUGGUGAACACCCUCUUCAAGUCGAAGGUGAGCCGGAAACCCACAGGCCCCGGCUAUGAGGAGCACAUCCCAAAGACGGUGCAGCUGCAGUCCGUCACCCACGUUAUCGAAGAGAAGGGCGUGAAGAUGAAGCUGACUGUGACAGACACGCCAGGGUUCGGCGACCAGAUCAACAAUGAAAACUGCUGGGACCCCAUCAUCAAGUACAUCAACGAGCAGUACGAGAAGUACCUGAGAGAGGAGAUCCUCAUCAGCCGCAAACGGAAGAUCCCAGACACCAGGGUCCACAGCUGUGUGUACUUCGUGCCACCCACUGGCCACUGGCUGCGUCCCUUGGAUCUGGAGUUCAUGAGGCGGCUGAGUAAGAUCGUCAACGUGGUGCCAGUGAUCGCCAAGGCAGACACGCUGACCCUGGAGGAACGGGCCGAGUUCAAGCAGAGGAUCCAGAAGGACUUGAAGGCCCACGGCAUCAGCGUCUAUCCCCAGGAGGAUUUUGAUGACAACCCAGACGACAGGAUAUUGAAUGAUAAAAUUCGAGACAAAAUCCCCUUUGCGGUGGUGGGAGCGGACAAGGAGCAUCAGGUGAACGGGAAGAGGGUCUUGGGCCGCAAGACCAAGUGGGGAAUCAUUGAAGUGGAGAACCCAGCGCACUGCGAAUUCCCCCUGCUCCGAGACCUGCUCAUCCGGUCCCACCUGCAGGAUCUCAAGGACAUCACCCACAACGUGCAUUACGAGAGCUACCGCGUGCAGCGGCUCAACGAGAGCAACCGGUUGGCACUGAGCCCUGUCAACGGGCUGCUGGGGAAGGACGGGGUGGAGAGCGACCUCUGAGCAGGGAGAACAGGGCGUCCUCCUCCCAGACAGCGCCCACAGACUGGCUAUGGGGGGGGAGGAGCUGAGAUUCCCACCCCCUGGACAGACCCCAAGUGCCCUAGUGCUGGGCCAGGAGCCGUCUCUGCCGACGCACCAAAACCUUCCUGCCGUGCAACAGCCUUAAGCAAGGAAAGACUCUUGGGGGGCUGGGCCAAGCACUGCCUCGAGGGCCCCCACUGCUCCCCAUCCAUUCCUCCUGCUUCCCCCAUGCCCGUCCCCAGGGCCUGGGCGACUUUGCAUGGAGCUCGUAGGUUCCUGGCACACGCACCCCCUGCACCGCUGCUCCCCGACAAGCACACCCCAGUUCUGGAGAGAGCCCCACCCUACCACAGAGGCACAGACUGGAGCCAGUGGGCCUGACCCCCCGAGACCCGAUCAGCACCCAUGGGAAGGUGUGGAGGCGCAGGCAUUUCCCACUUCAUGCCAUUGCCCCCGGGACGGGGGCAGCCUCAGGCCUGCGCUACUGAGAAGAGCCUCACCUUCUGAUCUUGCCCACCUGGGCUGCUGCCCUGAACCUCCAGCUCCUUCGGGAGGCCCAGCGCCUGUAUCUCCCACGAGGGGGGACUGGAGUAGAACACCGCCCUGCGUGCUGUGGGGCAGAGGGGGCCCUUCCUGCUGUGGGGUGGAGGGAGCCCUGGGGCUGGGGAGGCAGAGCCAGCCCUUCCUGCUGGGGGAUGAGUGAAGCUCUGGGAGGUGGAGGUACCUAGCCAGCCUCUCCCAUGUCCUUAGGGGACAGCCCAGUGGAAUUCCUCUAAGGGUUCUGACCCAUCCUACAGAGGGCUAGAGCCUGUAGCUGCCCAUAGGGUUAGGGAAAAGGUGGGAUGGGCAGUGCUAAGGUUUGGGGAAUAGCAGAGGGGGACGGAGGCCCAACCGACUGCCUGUUGGGUAAAGCCGCCAGCAGUGUGUGUCCAAACCACACGUGGGCUGGGAAAAGCCAGGGGGGCGGGGAGAUGGAUGCAGGCUGCCCCAGCCAGGGGAGAG